AUGGCUCUUGCCGGCGCCCAUGUGCGCAUCGCGCGGCCAACCGACAACAUUGACAGACUGCUGCCCUUUUACCGAGACGGAUUGGGAUUCGAGGUCCUUGGGAGCUUCACCGACCAUGAAGGGUUUGACGGGGUAAUGCUGGGCCACAGAUCGGCGGGAUACCAUCUUGAGUUCACGUAUCAUCGCGGCCACGGUGUCGGCAGCGCGCCUACGAAAGAUAACCUCCUGAUAUUCUAUCUCCCGGACAGCGAUGCCUACUCCAAGGCGGUGUCCCAGAUGGAGGGAAGCGGUUUCGCUGCGGCUGCGAGCUUCAACCCCUACUGA